GCCGCUUGCGGCUUUAAUUACACUUAAAUUGCUAAUCAACCAGCCACAAUGGUUAAUUAUUGAACAUCCUAAUCUAUUUAUAACAAUUUAAGGGCCAUAGCAAUAUUUUCCUGAAACAAUAUACUUAUGUAUGUAUCUUUAAAAUAUAGAAAGCAUAAUAUCAGACUUGUGUAUGAUGGAUUGGGAAAAAAGAUAUUGUUUUCAAAAAAGAUUUUCUUUUCUUUUCUUCUCAAUGUUUAAUUCCUUUUCGAAACUUAUAGAAUUAGUAAGAGUUUAUCCAGCUUUUUCCAAAUAUGACUGUCUGCCAGUCUGCCUGCCUGUCUGUCUGUCUGUCUGUCUGUCUGUCUGUGUGUGGGCCUAUUUAUAGAUGAUUCAUUGUCACUUGCAUGUAUAUGUAAAACCAGCCUUCCCCCUUAUUGUUACAAUGGGUCAUGGUGUUUAAUAUAUACAUUACAUUUACAUAAGCGCGUAGAAUCUAAAAACGAAAAUACAUAGAUACAAAAAAUUAACUAAACAAUUGAAAAAAAAAAGCAUUUUCUGACGUCAUUUCCCUUGUCGUCAUGACGCCUGGACUUCCGGGACGCCAUGUUGGAUGAGUUACAUCAGGGCAGCUCCUCGUCUGAACGGUUUGUCUGAGAGGCAAAAUUAUCAUGGAAAGAAGUCUCUGACGACGGUGAAACCUACUAUAGGAGGUGAGGCUGUGAACUUAAGCAGCAGCACGCAUCCCAACAACAUGCUGGCACGUCUGUUCAGGCUCCACGGCCUGAUGGUGGCCUCCCACCCGUGGGAGGUCAUCGUGGGCACCUUGGCUCUCACAGUCUGCCUCAUGUCCAUGAACAACCGAGCGGCCAGCAGCCAGAUGUGCAGCUGGAACGAGUGCCCCAAGAUCGAGGAGAAAAUCCAUAGCAGUAACAUAAUUAUCCUUACUGUCACUCGCUGUAUGGCCAUUAUUUAUAUCUACUUCCAGUUCAAGAACCUCCGACAGCUGGGAUCCAAAUAUAUACUUGGUAUUGCAGGGUUAUUUACAGUGUUCUCCAGUUUUGUUUUCAGUACAGUAGUCAUUCAUUUCUUUGGGAAGGAAUUGACAGGUCUCAAUGAAGCCCUUCCCUUCUUUCUUCUGCUUAUCGACCUAUCCAAAGCCAGUGCAUUGGCCAAAUUUGCCCUCAGCUCAAACUCUCAGGAGGAGGUGAGGGAAAACAUCUCCCAGGGCAUGGCCAUCCUGGGCCCCACGUUUACCCUGGAUGCUCUAGUCGAGUGUCUGGUGAUAGGAAUUGGUACAAUGUCAGGUGUACCUCAGCUGGAGAUCAUGUGUUGCUUUAGCUGCAUGUCUGUUCUGGCCAACUACUUCGUCUUCAUGACAUUCUUCCCUGCGUGUGUCUCCCUGGUCCUGGAGCUGUCGAGGGAAAGCCGUGAGGGUCGUCCCAUUUGGCAACUGAGCCACUUUGCUCGUGUGCUGGCAGAAGAGGAGGAUAACAAACCGAAUCCUGUGACCCAAAGGGUUAAAAUCAUUAUGUCUCUGGGCCUGGCCUUGGUUCACGCCCACACUCGACUCACAGCCGAGCAUUCGGGUCAGAAUCGGACGGUGGAGGGGCCUGUAACCGAAAGAAUAGACUCUGCUGGUUCCACGUGGCCCGGGAAGCUCACCAGUAUGGACCUGGAGCAGGUGAUCACCCUGGGCCUCGCCCUGCUCCUGGCUGUGAAGUACGUCUUCUUCGAGCAAGCCGAGACCGAGUCGUCGCUGUCCCUCAGAAGUCCCAUGAUAAGCUCCGCCCCUCCGUCUCAGAAGCUCAGAGCGGCGGCGACGGCGACCGACUGUUGCAGGAGGGACCUCCCAGUCUCAAAGCCUCAUAAGACUGCCGGCUGUGUCCCGGCAACCACGCUCACCGCCCCAGACGUUCCACUUUCCGCCGAGGGAGACAUGGCCCACAGAGAGAGAGCAGUGGACGACAGACCCUGUGCCCCGUGGUCUGAGGAGUCUCGUGCUCCUGGAGUUGGCUUUCUCUCCGGGACUCGGCCGCUGGAGGAAUGUGUGGCCAUCCUCUCCGAUCCUCAGAGAGGAGCCCAUUUACUGAGCGAUGCCGAGGUGAUGAACCUCGUGUCAGCGUGUAAAAUCCACAACUACAAACUGGAAACGGUCCUGAAGAACCCGGAGAGGGGCGUGUCCAUCAGGAGGCAAAUGUUAUCAGCUAAACUGCCUCUUCCCACGGCUUUGGCCUGUCUGCCCUACAAGGACUACGACUAUUCAGAGGUGAUGGGCACUUGCUGUGAGAACGUCAUCGGCUACAUGCCCGUGCCGGUGGGAGUGGCCGGCCCGCUGCUGUUGGACGAGAAGCAGUUCCACAUUCCCAUGGCCACGACCGAGGGCUGCCUGGUGGCCAGCACCAACCGGGGCUGCAGGGCCAUCGCCCUGAGCGGGGGCUGCAGAGGACGGAUUCUGGCCGACAGCAUGACCAGGGGUCCCGUGGUGAGGCUGCCCUCGGCGUGCCGGGCCGCAGAGGUCAAAAUCUGGCUGGAGACCCCGAGUGGAUUCGACAUGAUCAAAGAGGCCUUCGACCAGACCAGCAGGUUUGCUCGUUUGGAAAAGCUGCUGGUGGCCAUAGCCGGCAGGAACCUGUACAUCCGCUUCCACUCGCAGACCGGAGACGCCAUGGGCAUGAACAUGCUGUCCAAGGGCACGGAACAGGCUCUGCUGCGACUCCAGCAGCAUCACCCAGACGUGGACGUGCUGUCGCUCAGCGGUAACUACUGCACCGACAAGAAAUCUGCCGCCGUCAACUGGAUCCUGGGCCGCGGCAAGUCCGUGGUGUGCGAGGCCACCAUCCCCGGGAAGGUGGUCCGGGAGGUGCUGAAGAGCAGCGCCGCUGCCAUGGUGGAGGUGAACAUCAACAAGAACCUGGUGGGCUCGGCCAUGGUCGGCAGCAUUGGCGGGUUCAACGCCCACGCCGCCAACGUCGUGACGGCCAUCUACAUCGCCUGCGGACAGGACCCGGCUCAGACUGUGGGCAGCUCCAGCUGCAUCACUCAGAUGGAGUGCGCCGGGCUGCUCGGCGACGACCUGUACAUCAGCUGCACCAUGCCGUCCAUCGAGCUGGGCACCGUGGGCGGGGGCACCAACCUGUCGCCGCAGCGGGCCUGUCUGCAGAUGCUCAGCGUCACCGGCCCCGACCAGCCGGGCGAGAACGCCCGCCGGCUGGCCCGCGUGGUGUGCGGCGCCGUCCUGGCCGGGGAGCUCUCUCUGAUGGCCGCCCUCACCGCCGGACACCUGGUCAGGAGCCACAUGGUUCACAACAGAUCAAAAACUAACCUGGCGGAGACUUUUGUGUCGAAGUCGGAGAACACAGCGUGACGUGGAGUCCAGAGUGAACGAACACUCCAGCCAACGCCAGAUAACCUUCCCGUGUGUGAAUGGCGUGGCUCUGAGGAGACCGCCGCCGGCCGCGAAUAAUCCGCCUCACUGAUCCUGCCAGACUGAUUCCAGGACUUUGUUCUGGUUUCUGUCUGGCGAUUAUCGAUUUGUGCCAUUUGUCUGCAUCUGACUUUGUGUCAUUAACGCCCGGGGAAGCCUCGGGCGCCGUCGGUACUGAUAACUGUGAAUCACUGGUGGUGUUUAGUCUGCUGAGAUCCACCGGAAACCCCGUGCCUCUCCUGGAGUUAGACGGCCAAACUGCUCUUUUCUAAUCAGACUCCUGCAGAAAUUUGAGUGUUUUUUUUUUUUCUUCUUCUCCUUUUACAUGUGAGCAGAGUGUGUAUGUGUGUGUGUUACUAUUGAUGUGUGAGAUUGACUGAAAAAGUUGCAAGAAUACAGUUAGAAUAUUUUGUUUCCAGUCAUUUUUUAAAGAAAUUCCGAAAAAAGGAAAAAGCCUGAACGCUUCCAGCGCCGUACUGACAUGAUCACACCAACUCAUUCAUCCACUAUAUUUUUGUGAUAAACUUCAGUAAAAUUAAGCAUUUUAGCAUAAUCCAAUGAUAUGAAACUUGAGGAAUAACAUGUUCAAUUUACAAGACGUUCCAGAAUGAAACCUUUUUACACAAUAACAAAAUGUUUCUUUUCAAAACCAGUUUUUGAGACACACUUGUGAGAAAUGGUGGAACUGCCACGACUGUCUCACCUCUCUGCACGCUACAUUGUUUACACACCACUCAAGGCUAAAUGAGAGGAAACAAAAUAUUCUUUUUGUCAAAGCGACGAGGGGCGGCUUUGUGAACUUUAUUUUUUUUUUUUUCUUGACAGACCUUUGCACUCGCCAAACUCUUUACUUGAGACAGCGCUGUCGGAAGCGGCCGGUGACUUCUGUUCCAAGUUACUUCUGCCUGAAUGUAUGUCGAACUCUUAUCAGUGUUUGUGGGCAAAAACCACUGGUACAACCCUCCCUGAACGAAGGUGCUACUGUAUACCGUGUAUACUGUAGAUAGACGAUGCCUUUUGGACUUCCUGUUUCUAAAAAAGGAAAAGAAAA